GCAAACAUACUGUUUUCCACGUAGCGAUUUGCACGAUGAUGUUAAAAGGAGUUAUCCUGAUCGGCGGGCCACAAAAGGGCACCAGAUUCCGCCCAUUAUCGCUUGAGCUUCCAAAGCCAUUGUUUCCAGUAGCCGGAUACCCUAUGGUAUACCAUCACAUAGAAGCCUGCAGUAGGGUUCCAGACUUAAAGGAGAUUUUACUGAUAGGAUUUUAUCAACCCAGCGAAUCAUUAACAAGAUUCAUACAAGAAACAUCUCAACAAUUCAAGUUACCAAUCAGAUAUCUACAGGAGUACACAUCUCUGGGCACUGCAGGGGGUCUUUAUCACUUCCGAGAUCAGAUACUGAGUGGUAGUCCCGACAGUUUUUUUGUCUUCAAUGCUGAUGUGUAUUGUGAUUUCCCAUUAAAUGAGAUGCUAGAGUUCCACCAAUCACUCUCCAGUAACACAAGGUUUACCAUGUUAGCUACACAGGCUACUCGGCAACAAUCAGUGAAUUUUGGAUGUUUGGUUGAAGAUAAAAAAACACAUGAGGUUCGUCACUAUGUAGAGAAACCACAGACGUUUGUGAGUACAACGAUCAACUGUGGUACUUAUCUACUUUCUAACGAUGUCUUCAAGUACAUCGCUGAAGUCUUCCAAAAACAACAAGAUGAGCUUUUUAACGGCAGUAUGGAUACUCUUACGUACAACAGAGAUACUAUACGUCUGGAACAAGAUGUGUUAGCUCCAUUGGCCGGUACUGGGAAGCUUUACGCUUACACUACAACUAGAUUUUGGAGUCAAAUCAAAUCAGCUGGAUCUGCUAUUUACGCUAACAGACAUUGUUUAGAACUCUACCACAAAUAUCAUCCAGAACGUUUGUCAAAGAAUGGAGAAGGAAAACCUAAAAUAAUUGGUGAUGUAUUCAUCCAUCCCUCAGCCAUUGUAGAUUCCACAGCUACUCUUGGCCCAAAUGUAACAGUGGGAGUGGGUGUGUGUGUUGGUCCUGGUGUGAGAGUCAGAGAAUCUAUUCUAUUGGCUGGAUCUAAAUUAGAGGACCAUUGCUGUAUUUUGCAUAGCAUUGUGGGAUGGAACAGUACAGUUGGGGCUUGGUCCAGGGUAGAAGGUACACCAUGUGAUCCAAAUCCUAAUGCACCAUUCACCAAAAUUGAAGGUGAUACCUUGUUCAAGAAUGAUGGUCGCUUGAACCCAUCAAUCACUAUUUUAGGACGAAAUGUAUCUGUUCCUUCUGAAGUUAUUAUUCUUAACUCUGUUGUACUUCCCGACAAAAGCUUGGGCCAGGGAUACAAGAAUGAGAUCAUCUUGUAAAACGAUGCUAUGGCAUCCCUAUAACGAAUGGUAAAAACCUACACUCAGUUGGCAGUUCAUUCCAUUUCAAAAUUAUCUAAUGGUGAUAGGGGUUGUAGCAUGGUCUAUGCAUGAUCUCUUUGGUGUUUUAAAUUCUCUUGGUCAAUUCAGCCAGUUUUGGUUUCAUCUCCAGAACUGAGAAAACAUUAAUUAUCACACAUUAAUGUUCACACAGUAAUAAAAUCAUUUCACUUCCCUCCAUUUUAUGAAUAAAUUUAUCAUUAUUAGUCAAAUAACGAAAGUUAACACGUUGAGUGGCAAUACAUUUACCGGUAUAACUAUUAGUAUUUUUGGUAUUCACAUUUUUUUCAAUAGUUUUUUUAUGUUUAUGUAAUUCAAUUUUACUUAGAAUCUAAUUAUGCAUGUUACCCCGGUACCAGGUUUGAGACGUCAAUACAUGUAUAUGUUGCGUAGAAGACAAUAGAAAACCAUGAUCUAUUAAUUAAUGUGUAUAGGAAAACUCAAAUUCUGCUUCAUAGCAUUAGACGUAAUAUAUAAUAUAUCAUUUUUCCUAUGUAUUAUUUUCAUGUUUAAUUAUUGCUCGAAAAUGUUAUUGAUUGAUAGAAAAUACUAUCAAUGUAAAUAUUGAUCUGCAAUUUGGUGAUCUGUGAUUGAUGGUAGUUACCCAUUUUUUGGUCACUGCAAGAUUCCGCAUUAUGCGUGCAAUCGAAUGUAAAAACAGGAUAAACAAAAAUCCUGGCGGCAGAACAUCACAUGAGAUUCAACAAAUGCAAAGUGUUUUUGAUAAUGCUAAAAUUUUGAUAAAGUAAGGGUAUCUUGACACUUUAUUCUUCACUGGAAGCUCAGCUUUGAGCUAUAAAAAAAGAAGUUCAAAAAGGUUUAAAUCGUUACAUUUUUGUGGCAGACAGUGUGGUCCGUGCCUCUUGCAAUACACCCGAUACGUGCAAUGCGUCUUGCAGUGAACAGAAAAUCGCUUUUUAAUGCCAAUGAAUGGACUACUUAAUAGUGUUUGAAUAAAUUUGCAUGGCUAAUGACCACCAUAUAAGGCAUUGUGAAUUUAAAUGCAGUAUUUUGUUUAUACAUGUAAUGUUGAUGUAAUAAGUUGUCAGUCUGGUAUGCAUAUCGUUACCAUAGCAAUGAGAUAAUGUCUAUUCAUUAUCAGUAUUUUCUCUUAUGCAGUGAACCACCAAUAUUGCUGUAAUUGUGUUAUUUUGAUUUAAAUUUGAAAAAAAAAACAAUUAUUAAAACUCAAUGCUCGGUAUUUUGUGCAAGUGAUAAAAUGGAAAUAAAACUAGGGGACCCAUAGUCUGUCUCCAUGGAAACCGAUUUAGUGAUUCAUAACAUUGUACUUAAUGGUGGUCUGUCAGUUAACGACAUUUUGUAAAGUUCCAGAAUUCUUCCAUCAACAAAUUAUUUUAAAUGAGUGGCUGAUGUACUACAGGGUAUCAGAACUGGAUUUUACAAAUGUUAUUAAUUUUUGUAUCUCAGUUAUCCAGGGCUGAUUAAAUAUAGGGUUGGUCAAUAAUUCAUUUCCAUGAUGCAAUAUUGUUUUCGAUCUGGCUUUCAUUUUCUCAAAUAAUAGACAGAAAAUCAUUCAUUUUAAUUUCACAUCAAUUCUCAUUAUCACAAUAACUUUUUUAAUAUGACUGUUGUAAUUUUAACUAACACAAGAGAAAGCAGUAUUGAAAGAGAAUUGAGAGACAAAAUUAAAGUCAUUAUCCAAAUGUGUAGCCUGAAAGAAAAUUGUUUAAGAUUCGGGGAAAAUUAUAAAGAAGAAGAAAAUGGUCUCCAUGGAAACUGGUUAUCGGAGACGUGGUUAUAAAUAUAGUAUUUUUGUAAAAUUUUAUUAAGAUUGUAACAGUUGGAAUUUGAAUAAAAGAGAUAUAUCAGAAAGGUUA